UGCCGUUUUUAAAAACCUCAGAGACAUCAAAAACCCUUUUACUUCCGGAGUUAUUGGAAAUGGGGAAUCACGGCAACACAACAGCAUAUGCUUUUCUUUUGUGUAUACUGUAUACUGUCCGAAGACAGAGAGGACCUUUUUUCUGACUCUGAAUACAGAGAAAUACUAGUACUGAACUGUAAGUGUGGGUAGAGAGAGAGAAAGAGAGAGGUAAGGGGUUACUAAUAGUAGUGAUCAAGUUGAAGAAGAAGAAGAAGUUGUAGAGAAGAAAAAGAAAAGAUUAGGCUUUUUUUUUAUUAUUAUUAUAAUUGAAAAGAGAAAAGAAGGUGGGAUGCGAGGGGCUGAUGUUGAAGUUGAAGGAAGAAGUACAAGUAUAAUAAGUGUGAGUGAGAAAUUAAAAGCACCGUAUCCGUAUGGGUAUUAUGGGAUUUGUACUGUUGGAGGAAUGCUCAGUGCCGGCACUACCCAUCUCGCCAUUACUCCUCUCGAUGUCUUGAAAGUCAAUAUGCAGGUACACCCAGUCAGGUAUAACAGCAUUUCCUCAUGCUUCACCACUUUGUUGAGGGAACAAGGCCCUUCUGCCUUUUGGAGAGGUUGGGCUGGCAAGUUCUUUGGAUAUGGUGUUCAAGGAGGCUGUAGAUUUGGUCUAUAUGAAUACUUCAAGAGGCUUUACUCUGAUAUCUUCGUUGACCACAAUAGAAGUUUCAUUUUCUUCCUUAGCAGUGCAUCUGCUGAAGUAUUUGCCAAUAUAGCUCUCUGCCCAUUUGAAGCAAUUAAAGUCCGGGUUCAAGCACAGCCCCAUUUUGCCAAGGGUUUGGCUGAUGGCUUUCCAAAGUUGUAUGCAUCUGAAGGCAUCCAUGGAUUUUAUAGGGGACUUAUACCACUUUGGGGUCGAAACCUUCCAUUUUCCAUGGUUAUGUUCUCAACAUUUGAGCAUUCAGUUGAUUUUCUGUAUCAUAAAGUUGUUCAAAAAAGAAAGGAGGACUGCUCAAAAGGUCAGCAGCUUGGAGUGACUUGUUUGGCUGGCUAUGCUGCUGGAUCUGUUGGUAGCCUAAUUUCUAAUCCUGCUGACAACAUUGUUUCUUCUCUUUAUAACAAAAAAGCUGACAGCCUUAUACUGGUAGUGAAGAAAAUUGGGCUUGUCAAUUUGUUUACAAGAAGUCUUCCUAUCAGGAUAAUGCUGGUUGGACCUGCUAUCACUUUGCAAUGGUUAUUCUAUGACACCAUCAAAGUUCUAAGUGGAUUGCCUACUAGUGGAGAAGUUGCAACGGACAUCCAAGUAGAUGGAGCAGCCUAAGCUCACAGAAUUGGAAGAAGUGAUGACCCGGUCUGUUUCUAGUAAUUAAAUAAUUUUUUGAAUCCAAGACACUAUGACGAAGAUCAUAUAUUCUUACUCAAGUUGAAGAUUGAUCACAGGUUGACACCAUAGGAUUUUUGUGAUGGCAGCUUUUGUUUCGCUGUCAUUUUUUCUUUAGCAGGGGCAGCAAGUUUUGUAGACCAAUCAACUAUGUAGAAGCUAUUGUGAAUUCAAGUUAGAAGGGCCUUAGGAGAAUGGCUGUUAUGAGUUACAGCUUCUACCUUGGCAAUUUAGAUACCAUGACAUUUUCGGCUCGGUAAAAUUAUUGUAUGGCUUGUUCAUAGGUCUGUUGAUGUAGGCUAAAAUGCCACCCGUUUUUCAGUUAUGUCAUAUAUGCAGAUCUAUG